GAUCGGUUGGAACAGCUCGGAACGUUUCGCCUAUGCGCAACGGCUUUCGCGACGCGUCGCGUGUUCAGAUUUCGUUAUUGCCAAUUAUCGAAUUGCAAUUGCUUUGUCUUUUUUGCAAUAACUAGCAACAAUUAAUUAAAGUUAACAGCAAUGUGUACAAAUGCCUAAUAAUGCAAAAAACGAUUGUUGAGUGGGUAAGGGCAAAGGAAAUGCCGUGUGGAACAUGGUGACAACUAUAAAAAUAACCUGCGAUGGAGUGUUUAUCCAAUCCAAUUCGUAUCUCACGCCCACGCAAACGAACGCAUCAACAGCAGCCACUGUUGCAGCUGCAGCAACAGAAGCAGCAGUUGCUACUGCUACUGGCAGCAGUUUGAGCAACGACAGCGACAACUCGCAGACAAGUAGUGGCAGUCAAACCGCAAGCGCCACCAACCAGAGCCACAACAGUCACAGUACCAAGUCCAAAUCCACACGCACCAAUUGCAGUCGACAUCGAAGUGGAGGCGUGGCAGCCACGCAGGAUACUCGCAGGCGUUACUAUUAUUUUGGCAGCAAGGAUGUCUAUUGGUGCAAACAGAGCUUGACGCGUAGCGCCAGCAGUCUGGGCCACCGGGAAGCCAACAAUAGCACCACCACAAUCACUACUAGUAACGGUGGCCAGCUAAUUGCCAAGGCGCGUCGCCGUCCGCUGCAGCUGUGCAGCAGCCUGAGUGCCGCAUAUGCACCGCCAAAACGAAAGGAAUUCUAUUUUUGUGAUAAAUAUGCAUCCGGUGGCUCUUCCAACUCCACCACCAAUAGCAAUAGCUGUAGCAAUGUCAAGCACACGGCAACAGCCGCAACUAACACAAGUGCGCAGCCAAUCGAUGUGCGUUUGCUGAACUUUCUACGUAAUGCACAGCGCAGAUUUCAAUCAGCAUCGACAACCGUAACAACAGCAGCAGCCGCAGCAGCAACAGCAGCAGCCGCAUCAGCGACAACAACUAAACCAAAGUCUGAAAUCAACAGCAGAAGCAACACCAAAGAACGUGCCUCAGCUAGGAACUGGGGCAACAACAAUAAUAACACCAGUAGCGGCAACAACAACCACAGCAGCUCUCUGCCGCUGAUAAUCAGUACCGAUGAUUGGUUUGACGAAGAAGCAAGCGAAUCAGCAAAGGAAACACAGGCAGGCUUAGCUAAAACAAAUAACCAGGCGCUGAUAACCGUUCAGAUCAAGCAGGGGAAACGCCAACAAAUACAACUAAAGCAAAAGAAACAACGCCAAAUAGCAACAGCAGCAGCAGCAGCUGGGGCAGGCGGACAGGUGACAACGCCAACAGGUGAACCGAACGUUGGCAGCUGCAAGGUCGAGGAUAUGAACAGUCACGCGACCGCCACACAGAACGGACAAUCAACGGUCGUUGGUCAUCAUCGCGGGUACUCGCAGCCAUCGUCGAUCGCUGCCGCUGCCGCGACAGCCGCGUCAGGCGGCACAGCCGGCGAUCCAUGGUAUCUGCAAGCGACUGGGCAUCAAAUGCCGCCAACCGCUCCGCUGAGGCACAAUAAACGACCUGCACCACAGCCCAAUUCCAUGGGCGUGGUCGGCGUUGGAGUUGGUGUUGGUGCUGCAGCAACGCUACUGCAUCAGCAACAGCUGAGUCAAUCCCAGCCACACAUUAUGCCGCCAAGCAUACCACCGCACCAUCAUCAUCAUCAUCGCGACAACAAUGCGCACCAAACAGCAUCAGCAGCCGCAGCAACGGCUUUACAUCUGUCAUCGCAUGCACUAAAUAGUCAUAAUUUAAUCAACAAUCAUUCGCCAAAAUCGCCCAAUCAAACACAACAGCAGCAGCAGCAGACGACGACAAUACAACAGCAGCAACAGCAACAACAGCAACAUAGCAUAUUGUCAACGUUUGCGCCCGCAACAGCAGCAACACCACAUGUCCAGGCCGAACAGGCUGCUGCAUCUGUAACGGCAGCAGCUGUUGCCGCCGUCACACAGCAACAGCAGCAGCAACAUAUGCAGAUGCUAGCCAACUGCGCUUCCAGCAAUAAUCUAAUGUCCUCCUCUCUAACGCUACAAGCGCCGGUUGGCGUAUUGCCGCCAAAAAGCUUAGUCCUGAGCAGCAGUAGCAGCAACAGCACAACCAGCAACAGUAACAACAUGCCAAUAGUUGCUAACAGUGGGAGCACCACCAGCAACAGCAAUACAAGCAACAACGCCACCAGCAACUGUAGCAACACCAACAGCACUGCAGGCAUGUCCACAUCGCUGCAUAGCUUCGAUAUAAACGGCAGCGGCGGCAGCAUGGACAAGUGGACAAGUGGAUCCACAACUGCAAUGAAUCACGCAUCGCUAUCGCCUACGGGCGCACCGCAGCAGCAUCACCUACGCAAAUGUGAGGUUAAACUGAAUGCAAUGCCCUGGUUUCAUGGCAGCAUAACGCGGGAUGAAGCGGAACAUUUGCUGCAGCCACGCGAGGAUGGGCUAUUCCUAGUCCGUGAAUCGACCAAUUUUCCCGGCGAUUACACGCUGUGCGUUUGCUUUCAGGGCAAAGUAGAGCAUUAUCGUGUCAAAUAUCUGGAGAACAAGUUAACCAUCGACGAUGAGGAAUACUUUGAGAAUUUGGGACAACUGGUUGCGCACUAUGAGGCCGAUGCGGAUGGACUAUGCACCCAACUGAUUAAGUGUUUGCCCAAAUUGGGCAAACAAGAGUUUUGCAUUAACUCCAAAGAGUUUGUGGAUAAGGGCUGGGUUAUACCUGAAUCGGAGCUCCAGCUGCGCGAAAGCAUUGGCAAAGGCGAGUUCGGCGAUGUCCUUCUAGGAAUACUACGCAACGAGAAAGUCGCCGUCAAGAUGCUCAAAGAUGAGGGUGCUGUGCAAAAAUUUCUCGCUGAGGCGUCGGUAAUGACAACGCUGGAACACGAGAACUUAGUCAAGUUUAUUGGCCUUGUUUUCACUAGCAAGCAUCUGUACUUGGUGACCGAAUACAUGAGCAAAGGAUCGCUGGUUGAUUAUUUGCGUUCUCGUGGACGACAGCACAUAACCAAAAAGGACCAAAUCAAUUUCGCCUUCGACACGGCCUCUGGCAUGGAAUAUCUGGAGGCCAAAAAGGUUGUGCAUCGAGAUUUGGCUGCCCGUAAUGUUCUUAUCUCGGAGGAUUGUGUAGCUAAGGUAUCCGAUUUUGGUCUGGCACGCGAAGAAUGCUAUAAUCUUGACGUUGGCAAACUGCCCAUCAAAUGGACAGCGCCCGAAGCACUAAAAAAUGGCCGCUUCUCCAAUAAAUCGGAUAUGUGGAGCUUUGGCAUACUACUGUGGGAAAUCUAUUCCUUUGGACGUGUGCCUUAUCCCCGAAUACCAUUAGCGGACGUAGUGAAGCAUGUAGAAGUUGGCUACAAAAUGGAAGCACCGGAGGGUUGUCCAGCGGAAAUAUACGAGAUGAUGCGUCAGGCGUGGGACUUGAAUCCAGUGAAACGGCCAACAUUUGCGGAGCUAAAGGUGAAGUUGCAGCAGCUAAACAAUGCAACAGCGUGAGAGGCGGGCGAGAGCCAAAACAACAACAUUAGAGAUAUAAAAGAAAUCAAUUCAACAACUAAUGGAUAUUUAUGUUUGAAACAAACUUUGAUUUGAGGGCUGGAAAAUAAAAAAGAAAAUCCGCCAAGACAGAACGAAAGCUUAAUUUACACACUGACACUGAACGCAACAAUUUUUCGU